UAUUCAGUCUUUUCUCCCUCUCCACUGCUGUAGCUGGAUCUCUUGCCAUCACAACCUCCGAGCAUCUAUAGACAUCAACAUGGCCAAAACAGCAAUAGCCUACAAGGAAAAAAUGAAGGAGCUAUCUAUGCUGUCUCUAAUCUGCUCAUGUUUCCAUUCUGAGCCCCGAAACAUCAAUGCAUACACAUUUGAUGAUAUGGAAGUUAAACAGAUUAAUAAGCGUGCAUCUGGCCAGGCUUUUGAGCUGAUACUAAAGCCACCAUCUCCAGUCUCUGAGGCUCCACGAACCUUGGCUUCUCCAAAGAAGAAGGAACUUUCCCUAGAAGAGAUACAGGCAAAACUGGAAGCUGCAGAGGAGAGAAGAAAGUCUCAGGAAGCCCAAAUCCUGAAGCAAUUGGCAGAGAAACGAGAGCAUGAACGGGAUGUUCUCCAAAAGGCUCUGGAGGAAAACAAUAACUUCAGCCGAAUGGCAGAGGAAAAACUGAUUCUUAAAAUGGAACAGAUUAAAGAAAACCGUGAAGCCCACUUAGCUUCCCUUUUGGAACGUCUUCAGGAGAAGGAGAGGCAUGCCGCUGAGGUCCGUAGGAACAAGGAACUCCAGGAAGAACUGUCAGGCUGAAAAUAUACCAACAUUAGUCACUUAUUUGCCUAUAUUUACGGAUCAUGCGAUAACAAUAUGGAAUAUGUAUGACAUCACAAAAUCAAAACAAAGAA